UAUUGUCGUCUCUUCGUGACCAUCCCUUGGCAAACCGCCAGAUGGCGGUACCUUCCUUUGUUGUCAUCGAUAUUCACCGGAAGUUGUAAUGAAGACAGUUCCACACGAUCGACGUCUUGCACGGAUUUCGUUUGGUUAAUUUGGAUGCUCCUUUAAGUAGGCGGUUAUUACUGUCACUGAGGUCCAGCUGUGCAGUCUGCUGUCAUGGCGUCGCCAGGUGGACAAGGUGGAGCCCUAUCAACCAGAGGCGGUUGUGGUUCAAGAAGGAUGAAGUGGGCGUUGGAGCUGAGUAUGAGCAGCACAAGGAGUCGUAGUGACAGACAAGGCGGGCAGGGAGAUGUUGUCUACCCUAUUGGCUAUUCUGAGAAACCAGUUCCUGAUACAAGCAUCCAGGAGACUGACAAGAACCUGGUAGAAAAGCGCUGCUGGGAUGUGGCCCUGGGACCCUUGAAGCAGAUCCCUAUGAACCUCUUUAUCAUGUACAUGUCAGGCAACACCAUCUCCAUCUUCCCCAUCAUGAUGGUCUGCAUGAUGGCCUGGAGACCUAUACAGGCCCUGAUGUCAAUGUCUGCCACUUUUAAGCUGCUGGAAAGCUCCAGUCAGCAGUGGCUCCAAGGACUGGUGUACUUGGUUGGGAACCUCUUGGGCUCAGCAUUAGCCAUUUAUAAGUGUCAAUCGAUGGGAUUGUUGCCGACACACUCGUCCGAUUGGUUGGCUUUCAUUGACCCGCCUCAGAGGAUGGAGAUCAUGGGUGGUGGGAUGGUUCUGUGAAGUGGAGUGCUCUUUCUUCAGGCUAUUUAUUUGUCUCAAAACUACCACAAAGGAACUAAAGUCCCUCCCCACUCAUCUGUAGCUCUUCUAGUGCAAGCAGAUCCAGAAUCUACUUCCUGCUGACUGAUUGUUUUACAUUCACUUUAUUACGGUCACGUUCUUUUUUCCAUUUUCAAUAAAAGUUGAUCAUCUUCCUUGAUGUAUUCGCUGCUUAGCUCAUCUAACACCACAUCUAACACCAGUAUCCAUGUUCACGUGUGGCGGGAUUAUAGUUCACAUCUGAUGGAUGCCUGAAAAUCUUUUAUGAUGACAUGAAAUGUUUUAAUAUUGCAAUAAAAAU